AUGCAGUACUGUAACUCCGAAUGCCAAAAGAGUCACAAGGCUACCCACAAACGCAGUUGCAAAUCCUCGUUGAGAGGUAAAACUGGGCAGCCCGACUGGGUCCUCAAAAAUCGAACACUAGCCUUUGUCGGCGAUGGACCUCAGCAGGUGUCGUACGGAGGCGGAAAGUACCUCUGGGGCAACAUUCCCGCCAUCGACGUUCUUCAGCUUGAAGCCAACGAAGGCGAAGCUCAUGGCGAAAAGUUGCGCCUCUUAUUUGCUGCUUCUGGAGACCUUCGAAAUGUCAUCAAAACAAUUACCCAGCUCCCCGAAAGCUAUACUCAGACCGUCGAGGUGACUAUGAACGACCGCGAUCUUGACAUUGUGGCACGAAAUGCCAUCUUACUUCUCAUUGCCCUGGUGGUCGAAGAUUUCGACGCCUCUGCCGACUGCAUCAUUCACGUCUGGUACUCCGCUUUCCUACGCAAGUCUGACCUCGACGUUCUCCAACAGCGGAUCCGUCCCUUGAUCGAGGAAGUCUGCCACAAGCUAACAGCAAAGGCCGCUGACAAGCUCCUGGCAAAGACUUGGACAUACGGCCAGCGUUCCGUGAGGAUCGUGCUUCAGAAGUCCGCUUGGGAUGCUCUCCUGGCCUUCACGGACAAGCCAAAGGAUCUGACGAUGGAGCAGGCAAGAAAACUUCGCACGAAUGUCACUCUUGCCGAGGAUCGGAUGGACUUCCGCGAUCGCCAUCUCUGGCUACAGCCCCCUUCUCAUCGGGUUGCAAUGGUUCACUUUCGUGAAAACGGACUUCUGCUUCCGUUUGGAACUUCGCAUGUCGACUUCCAGCAACCCAAUCCUACUAUGUUUCAGGACGCAGAGAGCUGGCCGAUGAAGGACGAUGCCGACCCCCUCCAUGGUUGGUCUUCGGAGGAAGUCCAGGAGACCUCGAAUGGACCUGCAUCGGAUGAUAUCUAUGGCAAACUCUUCGUCCAACUCCAAACCCUUCUUGUUGCGUUUCUCCGAAGGCUCUCGGGUCUACAGGCCUCAUUUCAACUGUUCCAGAUGGUUGCUUCUGAUGUUCCUGGUCACCUUGAAGCCGGAUCAUACACCCGAAUUGAGCUAGUACCUAACGAUCCCGUCAUCUUCAAGAUCCUGGCCGCUCAGGACUGCCUCGCGAACCAUGACGUCGUCUUUUCCCGGUUUGCUCUAAUGUUCGGAUUAUUCGAGGCGCCUCGGAUCAUCGGGGCCGCGAUGAAGGAUGAGCACACCGUGAUCGAGAAGUGGCCAAUCAGAUUGAAGCUACAACUUGGACAGCCCGGUGCCCAAGAGGAGUUUAAUCACCUUGUUUGUGGGGGAGUCUCGAGCAAGGAGUUCUACCUGGAGUGGAAGAGAUUGGGGCGUAAGAAGGCGAUACUGCAACAGACCCGUGAUGCUAUGACGUGUUCGUACACUGUUAUGUCACAAGAGCUCGUAGUGAAGGGUCGGCUUUCAAAGGCUCAAGAAAAUCUCUCCAGCAACCAGGGCUUUUCCAACUUCACGGGCAAGACUCUCCGCAGUCGGCAGCAGAACAAAGCGCGAAUUUUGACAGAAGAGGUUGAUUUCGCCGCCCUAGUUGUUGUCGUACCAGCUAUGGGCGCCUCUCGAGACGCCGAAGAGCCAUCGGUCAACAUUAUCAGAUGA